AUUGGGCUAAUGUAUACUGGCGAAGAACAAUCUUCGCAACUGCUGAAAAUAAAACCGAAAAAAUAUUAAUCAAAUUUAAAUUCCUCAUCUUUAAACUCAGUCUAUUAUAGGUUUAACGUGGGAUGAACUGGAUCACUGGAUCAAUGAACUGCUGUAGUGUCGUAGUGUUCAAUGGGUGUUUUCAUCAUAAUAGUGCCAAUCGUGAGGAAAAAAGAGUGCAGUCGUCAACUCACGUAAAAAUUUCGACCUACUAUUUAUUGAAUUCUACGUCAGUCUUUCUAAAUUAAAAAAAAAAUGGCAAAUACAGCAGUAGUUGCAGGCAUAGGAAUUGCUAUUGUAGGAUUCGGAGGCCGAUCGAUAUUCAAUAGAAUGCCAAUGCUAACUCAAAAACUGGCUGAAGCUCUUAAAACUGUAUCAAAACUUGAUUCACAGACUUUAGCGAAUAGUAAAUAUUACAAAGGUGGGUUUGAGCCAACAAUGACGAGGAAGGAAGCAAGUUUAAUUCUCGGAGUCUCACCGACGGUGAACAAGCUCAAAGUUAAAGAACAAUUUAAAAGAUUGAUGUCAGCCAAUCAUCCGGAUCGAGGCGGUUCCCCAUACUUAGCAGCAAAAAUAAAUGAAGCCAAAGAUUUGAUGGAAAAAUCUGGAUGAAAAGAGUGAUCCAUUCAUAUAGAAUGUUUAUCUAAAUUUGAUAAGUGAAUCAUUAAUCUUAGGAAACACCUCAAAUGUACACAAUCGACUGUGAACAAGCAGCUAUCAUUUUUAAUGUUUGAUGAUUUGUAUAUUUUCAAGUGUAAGUUUAUUUAUAAAGACUCAUGAAUGAAUACCUGGAUACCAAUAUAUACAUUUGUAUAGUCA